AUGCGGCCCCGCCGAGCCCCGCUGGCGGCGCUGCUGGUCGCCGCAGCGUGCCCUGCGCUCGGGCUGGACAACGGCGUGGGGCGGCUGCCGCCGUUGGGCUACAACACGUGGAACGACUUGGGCUGCACGCACCUCAGCGAGGACGGGGUGCUCUCGACCGCGCGCUCGCUGGUGUCGACCGGCCUCCGCGACCUGGGCUACCGCUACGUGAACCUCGACGACUGCUGGCACGACCCGAGGGGCCGCGACCCGCAGACGGGGCGGCUCCGGGAGGACCCCGCCCGCUUCCCCUCCGGGCUCCGCGCGCUGGGCGACGCGCUGCACCGCAUGGGCCUGAGGUUUGGCAUUUACACAGACCGCGGCAGCCGAACGUGUGCGGGCUUCCCUGGGAGCCUUGGGUACGAGGAGCUCGAUGCAGAUACUUUCGCAGAGUGGGGUGUGGAUUACGUCAAGGAGGACAACUGCCAUUCCAACACCUCCAUGAGCGACCUCGGAACCACGUUCCAGCAGUUCGGCUUGUUGCGCGAUGCCCUCAACCGCACCGGCCGCCCAAUCUUCUUCUCAGUCUGUGGUGGCGGCGACCAGUAUCCGAUGGCGAACCUCUCCUACUACGCCACGGACCCGCGCGGGGGAGAAGCUCUGGCGAACUCUUGGCGCAUCAGCUCGGACUGCAUCGAGUGGCACACGUGCCAGAACGCGUAUCAGGUCGCCGCCUCGCUGGGGAGGGCCGCGGGGCCGGGCGGCUUCAACGACCCGGACAUGCUGCUGGGCUCUUCUGCGCACGCGGCGCGCACGCUGUCGAGGGCGCGCAGCCGGACGCAGUUCGGCAUCUGGUCCAUCCUGAUGGCGCCACUGCUGCUGGGCUCUCCGGUGGGCCGCCUGGACGAGUACGACCUCGAGACGUACUCCAACGCGGAGGUGCUGGCCGUGAACCAGGACGCGCUGGCGCGGCAGGGCAGGCUUCUCACGCCGGUCGGCGCCUGGCAGUCCGUCUGGGCGCGGGAGCUCCUGGGUGGGGACUGGGCACUGCUGCUGCAGAGCGACCACUGGUUCUCGAUCGCCGAGGUCGCCUGCGACGCCUCCUGCUGGGCCCAGCUGGGGAUCGCGAACGGCACUGCCUUCGCGGUGAGGGACCUGUGGCUCAACGGGCCCGCAGAGCGGCCCGUCGCCGUGGCGGGCCAGGCGUACGCGCUGCCGGUGCCGCCGAGGGGCGGGAGCCGGAUGUUGCGGCUCUCCCCGCGGGCGCUCGCGGCGGCCCUGGCGGGGGACCAGGGCAGAGCGGCCCUGCGCGAGGGAUCGAAGCCGCAGGGCGACCUGCUGCACGUUUAG